AUGUCGACAAUAGCAGGAGUUCCACAAAUACCAACGAUUGUGAAAGAGGAACAGAAGCAACCAGCACAGCGUAGGAGAAAGAGACCUAGUUUGGUUUGUACAAAUUGUAAAAAGAGAAAAAUCAAAUGUGAUAGACAAUCACCAUGUUCAAAUUGUGUGAAAGCUAGGAGUAAUAUUGAAUGCAGUUAUGAUGAGGAAGGCGUGAAUGAUCUGACCCAAAAAUUAGAUGGAGUGAUUCGACCAUACGAACAAAGUGCCAAACAACCGUUACUGUUUGUUAACAAUCUAUCUCCGAAUAGUACAACAAGCUCAUAUUCAACAAGCAGCAGGAAGAGGAGCAAUACUAGCAAUGAUGAAAAUGGUCUCAAAAAGCAAAACUCCAACCCAGAACUCGCAAAUUCGUUGAACGAAAUUAAAAUGUUGAAACAAAGAUUGGAAUCAAUCGAAAACAACCUUCAUCAGAACGGCCAAAGCAGUGGUAAUUCGCCGAAUAACUACAUUCCCACUCAAGUUAACUCAAAUUUCAAAUAUAUUCAAAGCACUCCAUAUUCAGUGCUGUCACCCGUGUUACCUCGGCCGACGAUUCAACCGCAGUUGUCUACAGUUUACAACUUGUCAAACGCAAGAACUCCAUCAAUACAGCUACCUUCGUUGAGAGACCACAUGCCCCCACACGAGUCACCAACAGCUAGCUCUAACUACCUGGUGCCGUCUGUUGCAACAUCGCCAAAUUAUGCUCCCCCUCAAUCAGGAACCAAUUUACUAGGAGUGAAUCCUUACUUGAAUGAAACGGAGACAAUAAACUUUUAUGACAACUACUCCUCGGUAUGUUGCAGAGACUUUAUGAGAGUCAAUUAUGGGCCCUUUGCAUGGACCUCAAUGAUGAAGCGUGACCAAGGAUUGAGUGCGCUUUGGGACUUUAUAAGCAAGCAAAAGGAAGGCUCGCUGAAUUUUGCAGUUUGCCCUGCUAGCAAUGAAGUAACUCAGGAGAAUACACUGGUUGUCGUAAGUGACAACAGUGACUCCGAUAUGAAGUUUCGCAAACGUAUGUUGGAAAAUAAUGGGUACAGUGACGUUGUGCCUUACAACAUGUUGAAGUCAAAAAUGUUGUCAAAGUCUAAUAAGGACACCAUUCAAUUGGAGUUGACCUUGUUUGAUAAUCAGAUUGGUUGCGAAUUGGUAUUGAUUGAUAAAGUACGGAGAAUUUUUCCCAGCAAAAAAGUUGUUUGGAAGUUGGUUGAUCGAUUUUUUGAAAUAUGUUAUCCAUUUAUGCCAUUUGUUGACGAAGAGGAGUUUAUUGACUGGACGGAGAAGAUUAUUGGGCCUCGCUCAUAUGAAGAUGUUCCUAUUAACGACUUGAAGAUUGAAAAGAGGUUAGACUUGGCCUUUGUGGGGACCUUGUUGAUAACCAUGAGGUUGGCUUAUUUAUCUCUCUUUUCAAAUAAGGCGCUGGAGAAUGAUGAGAGGUUGAAUACUACCGACCCUAGCCCCAAAGCUCAAGACACCAAAUAUUUGAUGCAAAACCCAAUUAGUAUUGAAGUUAUCCAAAUUGCUCGAUUCUGCUUCUAUCAGUUUGAUAUAUUGAGAAGAGCAACAUUGCCUUUGAUUCAGUUGGCGUUGUUUAUGAAGAUUUACUAUAUGUUUGCUCCUGAAGAUGGCGACGACGGUGAUGGUGCUGAUUCGAAUGGAUUAUCUGCGUUAGUCACUCAAAUGGCAUAUUCUUUGGGACUAAACCGUGAACCUGAGAAUUUUCCAGAUGUUUUGACAGACAAGAAAAAGAAUCAUGUGGGUAGAAAAAUUUGGCAUUUGAUAGUGAUGUCUGACUUUUAUCAAGCGUAUACGUAUGGAAGUCCCAUGCUUAUCAGUGCGGACAGCUAUGAUACCAAAAUCCCUUACUCAAAUGCAGAUAACUCGAACUUGAAGGACAAAAAAUUGGACAAGUAUAUUACUGAGUUAUACUUUCAGAAUGAUCCGGGAAUGCUGAGUGUAUUGAGACAGCUCCUUAAGAAUAUCCUCAGCUUAACAGGAAGAACAAAGCUCGGCGAAUUGACCAAUUUAAUUAGUGAACUUGAGGUAAGGAUAGGCCAGAAGUACGGUUCGUUGAAAGAAUGUUUGAAAACUGAUAUACAAAACACUCAUGUGUUUGCAAGAAAUUUCCCAGCCAAACAUUACAUCUCAAUGAAGUCGUUUCUUCUUUCAACGUUGUACCAUAUAUUCCUUCAUUACGAAAACAAGGAUCUCCAAUUGACAUUCUUUUACUUUAAGAAGAUGAUACAGAUUGCUGCUCAUGACUUGAUGCCGCACUACUUUGAGCUUAUGGGUAACAGUGCCGUGAUAUGUGACAUGUUUAUAAACCCCAAGUUGCAGCAUAUUAUUCACAAAUUGAACCAGCUUAAUUUAGCUGGGAUAAUAAGGGUCAACUUAAGUAUUUACAGGCUAAAGUCAAAAGCGGACCAUGAAUCAAGGUGCUAUUCUGACAAUGCAUACUAUGAGUAUUAUAAGGAGUUGUGCAAACUCUCCUCGUGUUUGACUAGAUGUGCAGAGGUGUCAAUAGCUGCCGUAUCGAAAUUAAGUUCGAGGUAUUUCUACGCGUGGAAAUUGACUAAAAGUCAUUCAUACUUUUUGAAGGUGAUUACCUCGAUGGAUUUUUACAACGAUGAGACUGUCAAGUCUAAUUACAAUGUCAAAUUACCCGAUUUCUCCACUGUGCAGAUUAGAGAAUUGGUUGACCUAUGUGAAGGUGCAUUGCAAAAGAUGGGUAAAGUUAAUUUGAUGGGUAAGGAAUUCUGUAGUGAUGUGACUUACCGAAAAUAUGCCAACAAUGAUGCAUCAUCGACAUCGUCAACAUCAAAAGAAUCGGUUAGCUUGUCAACUCCAUCCAGCGACACUUCAGUUGGCGAGUUCACCAAGGAGUUUGGUUUGGACUAUCUUAAUAGUGAAGAGAUUGAUCGAAUUUGGUUGCAAAUGUUGUCGCAGAAUCAGCAACAGCAGAGCCAGCAGUUGAACUAUGGAACCCCGCAGCCCAUUUUGCAACCACAAAGUGUGUCACAGGGUGAGCCACAGCAGAGUCAGCAACAACAUCAGCAACAACAGCAGCAACAGCAGCAACAACAACAGCAGCAACAACAACAGCAGCAGCAACAGCAGCAACAACAGCAACAACGGUUAGGCAAUUCAGCUCCUCUCGGUCAAUCCCAACGUGGGUAUGGAAUGUCACCGGGGCCUAACUGGCAGAGUGGAACUUCUUUCAAUUCAUUUGAUGCUCCCGUAACCCCCGGUCUCGUUACAAAUAAUGGGUUGGACGACAUCAAUCUGUUUGACUUUUUCAAUGAUUUGCCCUUUGAUCAAAUCUUUCCUAGUUAA